AUGGAAGCCCUUGUAUGCACAUUCAAGAGGCUCGAGCAUCAACCACGGCUGCGGCAGGACCUGGCUGGCGCGCACGGAACUGAGGUCCCAAGCGGCACCAUGAAGAAACGCUUCAGCGUAGGGUUCACCAUUCACGAAGCUCUGAACUUAGUUCGAGAAAGAGGCCGGCCUAUUGAUCCUCUCGUUGUUGUGCGCUGCUGCGGACGUGAGUAUCGCUCUGACAUAAAAUUCGCGAAAGCAAAUGUCGUCUCCUGGGACGAGUCCCACACAUGGACUGACUUGGAACUCUCCAGCGACGAGUGGGCAAAGUCAUUCAUUGAGUUCGAAGUGCAAGCCGCGAACGCCUUUUGGAGGAACACGACAAUCGGACUAGUCGCUCUGCAGCUGUCUCUGGUGCAAAAGCGAAAGACGCAUCAGGUCAAGAAAUCGCUGCCGCUGCAGAGCCCUGAUGGAGCCGACCUACACGGGUCUCUUCGGGUUACUGUCUUUGCCUGUGGACCCGGCGAGUCUCCUCCAAGCCCCGGAGAAGAGUUGGAGGACUCGGACAAUGACAACCAAGGGUUCAUAGACGACUUGCGAAAUGUUGUCAUUGAUAAUCGCCAGGACUUGGUCCGAAACGAGGGCACGAGGCCUUUCCACGUCUACGUGACAAUUCACCGCCUGGAAGACUUACCUGCAGCGCCAAAAGGUUUGCGGGACCCUUUCGUUGUUUGCGAGUUCGCUGGUUGUCGUGUCCGCACGGCACAAGCGCGUGCGACGAGCUCCUACACUUUCAACGAAUGCUUUCGAAUCCCCGUCAUGACACCUGUCCCGGAGGACACUAUUUUGAUUAAAGUCUGGGACUGGAACUUCAUGAGUGCAGAUGAGCUUCUCGCGGUGGGACGCAUCUCUUUUGCGGAGCUGAGAUCUCGGCACAUUCUUCCACGAUGGUUCAACUUCUACGGCUUCGACGUAGGAGAGAUCCCUAACUUCUCGGAAGUCAUUGCGCAGAGUGGAAAGCUGACGCCAUGCACAUACAUGGGGCGUAUGCUGCUUAGCGCUCGGGCUGAACGACUUGACAAGGAUGCAGAGCUUCUUGCGGCUCAUUCGGUUGCUGCUGCGCCUUACGAAGACCCCCGCGUAAUUCCUAUUCUCCUCUUUUCAGAUGUGUAUGAGGUUCAAGGAGCACCUGGGGAUAGAAUCUACGUGGAGGUGUCUUGUGGGCCCUUGAAAGAGCGAACUCGCUGGGUCGCCGGGGACUUGGUGAAGGAACGCGAACGUGAAAUGGGGGAGGCUCCGUCCGCAGUGGCUGCUGCCUUGGAAGGUGCAAAGGGCAUGGCGAAUUACUUCUUAGGGGCUUCUCCUGAAGGCCAGGACCAUUUUCUUUUCUCCCCAGUCGAUGGACGCAUUCCAGAGCUACGCAUGGCCGUGCCUGAUGACGAAAAGCAGCAGUGGGACGUCAUUAUCAAUGUAUAUGCCAAGGGGAUAUCCAAGAAUAUGCCGCACGCUACCCGAGUGGCGUACCAGCGAAUGCCGCUGGCGAAUAUACCGGUCUACGUACAAAACAACCCACGGGCACCUGUGUGGGUCCCACUGCACCCCAUGCCACAUCUUUCUGACAAAUUGGCCCCUUCUGCAGUUCUCAUGACACUGGAGAAGGCCAAAACAGAUGCAGCUGCAAGAACAAAGCGGAAGCACAUCGUUGCAGCGGAGUAUAUUCUGCGGACGUACAUCUACACUGCCCGCAAGAUAUCGUCCCCCAGCGGCGCUCUCCCGAAUCCUUUGGUGCAGGUGACCUGCGCUGGGGUCACAAAGGAAACAGAGCCAUGUGACGCCACUUCCAAUCCGGUUUUCAUGGAAUGCUUGCAGCUGGAGCUGAGGCUUAUGACCGACACAGCCACGCGCCUCCCCACUGUCGUCCCUAUCGUUGCCAGCGUGUUUGAUGACCGCUCUUGGGGUCGUCAGCUUCUUGGCAGGGCCGUCUGUCAUUAUGACCGCCUAAGAGGAAGGCUGAGGCCAGGGGAAGUUCCUUCUGUCGCAGAACCUCGGUGGAUCAAGCUCAAAGGGGGAAAACGCCUGAACAAGCAUCGAGGAGAUAUUCUUGUUUGCUUCGAGCUAAUUCGCAAGAAGGAUGCAGAAACGCUCCCUGCAUAUCCGAUGAGGCCACUUGUAUGUAUGUGCAAGCUCAGCCUGUCCUGUUUGAAUCUGCGAGAUUUGAUCAUGGCGCCAAAAGGCCGGCCUAUUGACUUUGACAAACUUGUCCUUGGGGAAUUCGACGGCAUCAGACGAGUUCGCAACCCCAUCUUGCUAAUAUCGGUCCCGUCCUUUGGAUCGUUAGGGCGGGAUAGAACGGUAGUAACUCUUCAAUAUGAAAGGAAUGCAGAUGGAGAUCCAAGUACCCCCAAUAGAAGGUGGUCGAAUGGGGCUUACGAGAGCUUUGACAUUCUAAAAGUAGCUUCUCUAGAUGUGGAUAUUCCCGAAGACCCAAUAUAUGACCCCACGCUGACAAUCCAAGUGUAUGACCGAAAAAUCAAACCUAAGUAUUUCAUUGGCCAAUUCUCCCUUUCACUAAUUCCUUUGAUACCGUGGAUUGCCGAUGUUGAAACCGCAUUGGAUGAUGUGCGACCCUCACGUGAUUACGAGGACUCUGUUAAUUUGAAAAAGCUGGGAGGCUUCAUGCUCGGCGGCAAGGGAAGGAGUCAAAAGGGAUUUAACACUGUGAAUGUGGUUCUGGAAGCAAUAAGCUCCGCCGACAGGGAAGCUGCUGAAGCGAACAAGUCCCGCUACCUUCAUCAGUGCGUAGUCUCCCUAUGGCUGAAUCCGGACUCGUUGCCAAAAAUUCUCGUGCAGUCGUAUGCGUUGCCCUCCGAUCGGCCUGUUCUCUUGGCAGGCAGCAUGUUCACCUUGAAUGUGUUCAUCCCCGCAAAGUUCGUACUGUGCGCCGAGGGCAAACGCGCUGCGGAGAAGAAGACAAAGGAGCAAUUUCAGCGGCCUUCAGUCGAAACAACCGUGGAGAACUAUCUAGUGGAUGUGGACUUUCCUCCUGAUCCCCUCAAAAAGAAAGCGUUGGGUGUAACGCAGCUAACAGGAUCCGUUAAAUUUUUUGUCAACCUUACUCACAACGAUGAGCCAUCAGCGCACGUUGACCAAACCGUGGUUCCAUGGGCACUGAAUGAAUCGCGCCUUCGGAAGCAUUUCAGAGGGGAUGAAGCCUACCCAAAAAUGGUCAAGAUUCGGGUCUAUGUUAUUCGAGCCAUCAACGUCCACCUAGUCAAGGGCAUGACAUCUGCGAACCCCUACCUUGUAUUUUCUGUUGGAAAGACAAGGAUGCCUUUCCGUGCUGAAAACAAACCUGGGACGCUAAACCCAGAUUUCUUUACUAUGUGGGAAAGGGACGUUGCAUUCCCCGACGAAUCGCGCUUGGAGGUCAGCGUGUGGAGUGCUCAUGAAAAGCUACUUCAGCAAGUAGAUGACGUGUUCCUAGGAAGUACUGUUAUCGACCUAGAGGAGCGGGAAGGCAGCAAAGCGGGGAAGACCUCUACAUCUGGGAUUAAGGGGGCUGUGAUGGGGAUGUUUGUACGCUUUCUGGCGAACUGCAGUUGGUUUUCAAAAGAAUGGCAAGCUUUCAUGAAGAAGAAUGAGGUUCCCAUGGAAUAUAGGCCUUUGACAAGGAGGCCAAACGGGAACGUUACUGGAAGUAUUGAAAUGUGGUUGGAGAUGAUGGAUUCUCAGAAGGCCGGCAAAGUUCCUCGAUUUAAUCUGCAAAAGCCAUCAUCAACCGACAUUGAGAUUAGAGUCGUUCUUUGGGGCUGCCGGGGCCUCUACUUCAAGCACUUGGGCCCAAACAAGGAAACUGUAGAUGCUGUCCUGCGGUGCACAAUGGAUUGCACCAAGUAUCAGGGCUCUCAACCUCUGUUGCAAAGCACUGACGUUCAUUAUUAUUCAAAAACCGGGGCUGCCGUUUUUAACUGGCGUGUUGUAUACUCGCGUGUAGCAGCUCCGGUCAAUUCUUGCAUCCUUCAAAUAUCUGCUUACGACUUUCGCAACAUCGGCGAAUCGCCGUUCAUUGGAGAGGUUAACCUGGAAGUGAGGAAGUACUUGGAAAGAGUUGCACAGACUAUGGCGUCUAUCGAGGUCGACGCGGAGUUGAGGCUACAAAAUAGGGCUCAUGAGAGCCUAGACGUGCAGACCUUUGGUUACGUCCAGGUCACCCUUCAGUUUAUGGCACAGUCGGAAGCAACCAGCAGACCGGUUUGGGACGUGAACACCCUAAUCGCGAUCCUCGUCUCACAACACCGCAAGAGGGGCGAAAAUGGGAAGACGUCCUGGGGUCCGCCGGACUUCGCGUAG